UGCCCGGAUCGACCGAUCGAGUGAAAAAUUGUAAUGAUACCAACAACAAAAUGUCACCUGCCAAAUAAAUGACAUCACUGAGUCCAUUAAGAUAAAGCUUCGUGUGGAUUUUUGUAACUAUACAGCUUCUGGCUCGCAGCAGCAUUAUUUUCUCAAAACCUGCGAUUACUAUAUCGUGUCGUUGUUCGCCGAGGUCUACUUUCGCUUUUUCCACCAUACUCCAACUUUUUGAUGAACUUAAGCGGAAGUGUAGUCAAUGAUCGGACAAGAUGUCUGUUUUGAUCGACGGCCCAACGGUGGCAGCGCUGUUUUAUAGUCAUUCCAACAGCCUCGGAAAUCAGGAAGGAUUCUUAUUUGGACAAAUUUUAAAUCACGUGAAGGACCACAUCAGUGAUAGUCAAAUUAGUAAUUCCCAAGUGCAAACCUACAUACAUGUGUCUUCACAUUUGCCAUGGCAACGGGAAGACCAGCUGUACAACAGAGGGGGAAUACCCAUUAUGGAGAAAAUAGCAGCUUUAGUAGGAGAACGUAGAAAGGGAGUGGUUGGCUGGUACAGUUUUCGCCGUAACUCAUGUUUGCGCAUGACCAUGAAGGAGCAGACUCUGCACAAGAUGCUGGCUGCAAAGCUUUGUCCACAGUCUCAGGAAGAUUUUAUUUUUUUCCUCUGCACUGCAACAGAAAAUUUCGACCAAUCCACUCACUCUAUGGAUCAUUUUUUUGUUAAAGGGGUGGCAGGAAAUCCAGCUAAGGUUCCUGUCACUGUUUUAAACCUUGGGGACACAAUGCACACAGAGUAUAAAACACAUGGGAAUGCUACAAUUAUUGAGUCUUCAUCUUUGAAGUCUAUCUUGAAAAAGCAUAAGACUCAUUUUGUGUCCGAAUCAGGACAAAAAAUGUUGGAAAUGGCAAGGAUUGGUGACAUGUUUUGUUCUCUCAGCUCAAGUCUGAAGGUUCUUUGUGGAAAGUUAAUAGAGAGCGAGCAUAUGACUGGUACAUUGGAAGAAGAAGUGCAGCAUCUUCAACAGGAGCUGAACCAGCAAGAGCUAAAGCAACAAGAGAUGAAAAAUUUAAGAGCUCAGCCUCCAACAGACACAGAAUUACUGCCAACAGCAUCAAAAGAGAUUGGCAUUGACUCUUUGUCAUCUGGGCAUCAAGUUUUUUCAUCACCACUGUGUGUGUUAGACAACAUGUCACUGCUAGAAGUCAACACAAUUCGUGUGAGGAAAAUGACAGAUGCUUUUGGGCUUCCUUUAGCAGAUAGAAAUAAACGUAAAAAUGAAGAAAAUACUUCUAAAGCUAGGCCUAGCAUUGAUGAAAUUCUUUCAGUUGACACCCUGGACUCGGAACGUGCUAAUACAUCCAAGGAUUUUCUCCAGCCAGCAAAGUUAGUCUCAAAUGACUCCGAAGAACAUACUGUGAACUUAGUCUCAAUGCAGACUCAGCUGGUAGACAAUGAAAAGACUGAAACAACAAAUGACACAGAAAGGAAGCAGGGGAACAAAGAGCAAAAGAAAAGUGAGUGCCAGUUUACUGCAUCAGUUUUGGUAGGAGAACCCUCAGACCACUUCAGAUUUGUAGAGAACAUGUUAAGCACUUCUGGAAAAACCAGUAAAGCAAAGGAGGCUGAUGGAGAGGCAGCUACAGGAAGAAUGGAUACAGCUGCUGUUACUUCUGGGCCUGUGGUAACGAAAUUGCAAGCAAAAGAGGAAGCUAAACAGCCUGCAACGAGAUCAAGACGAAACAAACAAGUCACCAACACAGUGACACGUACAGCAAUCAGCAGUUCAGAUGUGUCCAGCAAUUCAUAUGCCACCAGAAAAUCAAGAAAUGUAGAGGUACAAGAAAACAGAUGUCCACCACCUGGCUGCACAAAUUCAAAAGAGGUUGAGACUGGCAGAGCUGAGAAACGACAGAUGAGAGGUGGUCAGUGUGAACAGAACUCAGCUAUUUUCUCUGAUCCACAAGUCCAACACUCAAAACAAGAGUCACAGAUGACUCUUGCAGGCUCCACCAAUGCUAUAAAGAAACGAGAUGGCUCAGGAGAACCCAGAAGUAAUUAUAGAUCAGGUCAAGCCCUAGAAACAGCCACUCAUGAAAAUGGUAUGAACAAAGAUGAAAAUGAACAAAACUUGCCUCGUUCAUCAUCUCCAGUUUUCUGAGUAUUAUUUUCAGAUUUGUGUGAUUAUAGCAAACACGUGUUGAACUUGGCAGGCAAAGUUUGACUGUUUUAUAUGUUUUUGUGAGCAACUAGGAUCAUCUUUUUGGCAGAUUUUGCAAAGAGUUUUCUUUUUAACAUUUAAGAACUGAAGAUGACCAAUCAGCCUUCAAACCACUCUUACACCAUCACAUAACCAAUGACACCCCGGAUAUUUACCACGUAAUACUGAAAACUACUAUGUUCAUGGACAGAGCAAAGGUUGUAUGUCAAUUAUUGUUGAUAACCAGAGUAACCAUGUUAGAUUAAGUCCUAAAUGGUAAUUCUUGUAAUCACAAUGCUUGAGGGAAUUAAGGUGUAGUGACAGUAUUUACAAAUUUCUUUCACAAAUACACUUAAGAUUUAUUUCUCUAGAGGAUUUUCUUUUCAGCCUACUUCUUCAUUUCUUUUAAAUUUGGUAUGCUACAAGCAUAGCGCAAAAAAUUAUGUUUUAAAAAUUUAAAAUAAUAGAAAAUACACAAUAAGAAAAAAAAUACCCUUCUUGUCUAUAGCCAGGCAAUAAAAUUUUGGACUGCAGGUAACUGUACAUGUCAUAUCAUGCAAAUAGGAAUUCUAGAAUCAAGAUGUGUUUGCUCGGUCACCCACAGCUUAAGGUAAUCUGAUUCUGAGAAAUUGCGACAAAAAUAUUGUUUAAAGAAAUAUUUGCAAAGUAACGUUUGCUUGGCUGCAUGGAUCUCAAACCAAGAACCCAAAAUUUGGUCUGCAAGCUACAUCUUAGUACUACCUAUUCAAUUUCACACAUUUGGUAAACAUUAUCUGAGUGAGAGAGCUCACUACUGAGGUAGUUUAAAAAGUCACAAAUACACAUUUACUGUAAAGAGAACAUGGCAUGCUGAUGGGGAAAAAAAAUAUAUGGUGUACUCUGCCAACUGCCCUCUGGACUAAAAUUUUAUAUGCUGUUAGUUGAAAUAUGCCUGUAGCUUGGUCUGUCAAGUUUAGAUAGACCAGGCAAGUAGUCACAACCAACAUGGGUAUAAGCUGACUGUGCUAUAUGCACACAACAAACAUUUCGUUCUCUUGGUGCUAUGUUUACAUCUUUCAUUUAAAAGUUAUUUUAUUUUCAAUGCCAUGUUUAAUGCAAGAAGUAAUGAGAGAAGUUGUAGGAUGCUUCACACAUCGGGGAAAAAGCCAAAGGCAUCUUCAGAAGUUUGUAAAUCCUUGAAUAUCGGUCUUUUGGUCUUUAGGCAAUGGUAUUGAAUUUUUCAUGUGAGUGGGUGUGAGAGGAGAGAUUGAAAGAAAGACUAGUGUGUCUACACAAAGAUAUUACAAAAAGUAUUUUUGCAAGUGACUCUUUUUACAAAGUUGUGUUUGGUUUUGUUUUUUACUCAAAACUGACGAUUGGCGUGAAAAUGUGAGUUUGAUUUUCAGGUAAUGUUACUAUUAUCUGCUCUUGGGCCACAAACCUUGUGCUGAUUGUUCACAAGACAGACAGGACAGUUGUAACAAUAUUUUUCUGCAUAAUAGAAAUGUCUUGCAUUAUUAACUGGCUCUUUUAUUUGUGUCACAAACUUCAUAAAGCAGUCCUGAACUGCUGCAUUUUUUUCCUGGUUUAUGACAUGUCAAAGCUAUAACAUUGUUCAAAAAGAAUUCUUCACUUUUAAUCCAUUGUCUACUUAAGUAUUACCUCACAGUUUUGUUGUACAUACUUUUGUUGCUUGCUACUAUGUAAAAGAAAGAAAUAAAGUUAUUGCUAAGUCAUGUCA